AUGAUGAAGCUCCUGCUCCUCCUCCUCACCGUCUCCUCACUCUGGCCCGCGCCAUGCCCAGGGCUCCUGGUGCAGCGCCCGCUGCCAUGGCGGACAAGCAGCAUGUGGAGGGGAGGCGGCAUGGAGAGCGCCAUCGCGCUGCGCAUGUCGGGCGACGAGAACCACUCUUCGAUGAGGAUAACAGGGAAGGGAGACUCGAUGAGGGAGUACAAGCUGCGGACGAAGGUGGCUAGGGGAGGGCAGCAGCUGGACGGGUGGACCACCGACCCGCUAGGAAGGAGCUUCGUCAACCCUCCUGUGUACAGGGCGUCGACCAUCACAUACCCAUCAAUGAGCGCACUAAGGGAGGCACUCAAGGACUAUCCUUUCCGUGGCCUGUCGUACGGAAGGCAUGGGACACCGACAUCGUUCGCUCUGGAGGAAGCUUUCGCUAUCCUCGAAGGAGGAGACAACGCGUGCGUCGUCUCCUCAGGGCUGGCCGCCAUCAACGCAGGUGCCCCGUCCUCCAUCGCCCGCGCUCCAGUCAUGUGCCGUGCUCAUGCAGCGAUCUUGGCGUUUGUCUCAGCAGGGGACCACAUCCUCGUGAGCAAGGAGACUCUCUUCCUCCUCCUAGUCUCUGACGGCGUCUACGACCCCACCAGAGGCUUCUGUGACAAGUUCCUCAAGCGCUUCGGCGUCUCGACGACUUACUUUGACCCGCUGUCCACUGGAGAAGAGCUGGGGAACGCCAUCCAGCCCAACACCAGGGUCCUCUUCCUCGAGAGCCCGAGCUCCCUGUCGUUCGAGAUUCACGACUUUGAGGCUCUGACCCGGGUAGCGCGGGAAAGGAACGUGGUGGUGGUGGCGGACAACACCUACGGCCCUGGUCUGUUCAGGCCGAUGGAAUGGGGGGCGCAUGUCAGCAUCAACGCAGCGACAAAGUACAUCAGCGGGCACAGUGACGUCAUGAUCGGACUCCUGGCAUGCUCGAAGGACACCUACCGAAGGGUCAAGAGGUCCGUCCAGCAACUUGGCUGUCCAGCAGGACCGGAUGACUGCUACCUGGCGCUCAGAGGCUUCCGGACUCUGUCUGUGCGGAUGAAAGCUCACGAGGAGCACCAUCUCUGGCAGAAGUACUUCUCCGGCUCCUCUGGACUGUUCACCUUCCAGCUCAAGGACGUGUUUUCCCAAGAACAGGUCGACACUUUCUGCGACAGUCUCAGCUUGUUCGAGAUCGGAUACUCGUGGGGAGGGUACGAAAGUCUGGUGCUGCCAUGCGACAUUUCUUCAGUUCGGUCGGUCGUUCCUUGGGAGUAUGGCGAUGGUUACGGCGCGACAAUCCGGUUGCACAUCGGCUUAGAGGACGUGGAGGAUCUGAUUCAAGAUCUGCAAAGAGCCUUCGAGAUGAUGGGAGCGCCGGGCAAGGAAUGA